AUGAACUUAAAAGAAUAAGAAUCAAUUAAUGAUUAUUUUAAAGAUGAUUCAAAAUUUAUAGGGGAAUUCUAAUUGCCGGAUUACAAGGUUAUGCGUGGAUACAUCGGCGGAUAUGGAGAUGAAUUGAGACUCUAUUACACUAAAUUUGAUCCUCCAAAUAAAAAGGCAUCUUUAUGCAUAGUGCAUGGUUUCGGAGAACAUUAAGGAAGAUUUCUACAUGUAUGUCAAAAUCCUUUAUAUUGAGAUUGCUGACAUGUUUGCUAAAUUGAAUUAUGCUGUCCAUCUAAUAGAUCUGAGAGGAUUUGGGUAUUCUGGAGGUCCAAGAGGAUCGUAAACAUUGAAGGAAUUACAUAUGGACAUUGAAGUGUUACUGAGACAAGUAUCUAAAGAUAUUCCAUUAUUUCUUUAUGGACAUGCCAUGGGUGGUUUGCUCAUAAUCAGUUUCUUAAUUCGGAAUCCUCAAUUAAAAGUAAGAGGUAUCAUUACUACUGCUCCUAUGCUUGGAUUUCCCAUGGAUAGAAAACUUAAGGGAAUCAAAUACAUAGCUGUCAAAUAUUUUGGACAUUACAUGGAAGUAUAAAAUUAUAUUAACAUCAUUUAAAGGAUUUAGUCAUCAAUACAAAACUGAACAUAACUGGAAUGAGCAAGAAUGACCAACAUAUUUAAAGAUGUUUUGAAGAUAAAUUGAUGAUGCCUUUGUUAGGUAUUGGAAUGGCAAAAAGUAUUCUUGAAACCUUAAAUUAUAUGGAAUCAAAAGUCUAGACAUUUAAAUACCCCAUCUUAAUUUUACAUGGUAAAUAGGAUGCUGUUUCGAGUUAUCAUGAAAGUGUAAGAUUUUAUGAAAAAUGUGGUAGUCAAGAUAAAUCUAUUAAAUUGUUUGAGAAUGGGUAUCAUGAAUUGCAACAUGAUUUUGAAUUUAUUGAAAUGAAACAAAUUAUUAUUGAAUGGUGUUCCUUGAGAUUAUAGAAAGCAGAACCAUUUGGUAAAUCUAAAUAUUCAUACAUUUAGGUAUUUUAUUGUAAUCAAGAUUAAAUUAUGGUAUUCCUGUGGGUAAGAGCAAUAGCAUCAAGAUUCUGCUGGGUAUACUUUUCGUGCUUGUGUACUUAUUAGUGAUUUUCAAAUUCAAGAGAAGAUUCAAAAAAUAUUAAUAUCCGAUUAUUCCAUUGAUGAUAAUAUAUAGAUAUUAUAAUAAAAAUUUAUGAAAAAUUUUAGAAGAAACUUUAAUCAAUCCAAUAGACCUUUUAGAAAUAAUAGAGGACCUAGAUCAAAUUUCAAAAGAAAAUUCAGCAAAGAUGAUAGUGAUCGCAACAACAAUAAUCAAUGUAUUUGGCUUAUUAUAGACUAUCCAUUAUAUAGCCGAUAGAAGACCAUUCAAAAGAAGCUUUAGAUUCAAAAAGUCUGGUAAAUUUGAUGCAUUCAGAACUGGAAAAAGAAGAUUUAGAAAGUUAUCUGAAAAUAAAAGUGAAAACUUAGAAAAUAAAUUGGAUAAACAAUUAGAAUAAUAUAAGAGCGGCUAAUAAGUAGUAGGAAACAGUGGUAUUGAUUCUCAUGUAUUUUAUAGCCUCUUCCAAAUUAGACAAUGCAUUAGAUGCAUAUUUUUCAAGAAAAGGAUCAAACACAAAAGAAAAUAACUUAGAUAGAGAAUUAGCAGGCUAUUGGAAAAAAAAUAAUUGAUAAAUGUUAAAAUAUUCAAUAUAAUCAAAGAUAUAUAACAC